CCUAGUUUCCGGUCGGGCGCCGGUUUCCAGUCGGGUUGCUGCGCUCGGCCCCCUGGGCAGGAUGUGGCGAACCACUGCCGCGGUGGCGCUGGUGGCCGUCGUUCUCCAUCUCCUCGUCUCCUAUUACCCGAUACAGGCCCCUGCGGACGCCGUGCAGUUCCUGUCCGAUUACCUGUUCAGGCUGUCGGUGAUGCGGGCGCCCGAGGAGGUGGUGGCCGAGGCCUGGGACUCGCUUAUCCGAGCCCCCGGCAGCAGCUGGACGCGGGUGGCCGUAGGAGUGAAUGCCUGUGUGGAUGUGGUGGUGUGUGGAAUUGGACUCUUGGAAGCGCUGGCGUUGGAUCCUGUAAAUAAAGUGGACCAUGACACUCUUCAAUCAAGAGAAGACCUGAAGGAAACCUUCUCCUACUUCAUGGAGAAAGGAGUUGCAGCUGAACGAUUCUUCGCUGACAAAGAAGUCUUUCAGAAAAUUGCACAGACUGCGUCCCAGUUCCCAGGAGCUAAGCACUUUGUCGGAGGAAACGCUGCCCUGAUUGGCCAGAAGCUGAGCACAAAUCCAAAUCUGUCGGUGCUGCUGUGUGGCCCAGUUGGUCCGAAACUUCAUGAACUCUUGGGCGAUCGAAUUAUUAUCCCACCCAAAUCGUUGCAGGAGGUGGACGAGUAUCAUCUCAUUCUGGAGUAUCAGGCUGGGGAUGUGUUGGGGGAGAUUAAGGCACCUCAUGCCAACCGCUUCAUCUUCUCCCAUGACAUGUCAAAUGGAGAGAUGAACAUGAUGGAGACAUUCAUAGCAAGUCUGGAGGAAUUUGAACCGGAGCUGAUUGUCCUUUCGGGUCUACACAUGAUGGAUGGACAGGGUAAAGAAGAACGAAACAAGAGACUCCAGGAGGUUAGUGUGUUAAUCUCGGAGAUCCCUAAUGAAGUUUCAGUGCACCUGGAGCUGGCCAGUAUGACAGACACGACAUAUAUGAAUUCCAUCGUGGAACAGCAGGUUCUUACUAUUGUCAACUCGAUUGGCCUGAAUGAGCAAGAACUGUUGUUUAUCAGUCAGGCUGGCUCAGGACCUCACUCCUCACAAGGGCACUGGGAUGGUGCUCCUGAUAUUGGAAUGGUCAGCGAUAUCAUCUUCUGGCUCCUCAAAGAAUAUGGACGAACUGAUUCGCGUAAGGAUUCGGAUUUAACUCGUGUUCAUUUCCACACUCUGGCCUAUCACAUACUAGCAACUGUAGAUGGAUACUGGAACAACCAAAUAUCCUCUGUUGCAGCUGGAGCGAGAGUUGCUGGGAGUCAAGCAUGUGGCACUGACACCAUCGACCCCACAAAAGUUGUUCUCAAUUCUCCUAUGGAAUUUGUUCUGUCACAAACAGACAAAUUGCUGAAGAACAAGAAAAUGACAUUGAGCCCAACCAACCCUGUGCGAGUGUGGCAGAGAGAAAACAUCUCAUUUUUCAUCACUCCUGUUCUGAUGUGUGUCAACCCGGUCAGGACAGUGGGAUUGGGAGACACCAUCUCCGCAGAAGGGCUUUUGUAUUCUGAGCGGAAGUGACUGGGACUUCGCUGUUCAACAAGACAGAAACAAAAUUGAGUUUGUAUUUAUGGCAAAUUCUCUGUGUUUAGUGUGUAGAAAUGGGGCUGGUGGAGGUUGUCAGAUAUGCUUAAAGCAAGGAAGAAGGGGCAGCAAGUACAACUGUGGCUUUUGCUCCACAGCCCAAUAUAUAAAAGUUGACCAGUAAAUGAUCUAGUCACACCCCCUCCCUUUUGCUGUUUCCAUUGCUGCAACAAUCAAUGCCCCUUGGAGUUUACUGGAUUCCAUUCAAGUUUCAAAUCAUUUCCAUCAAAAAAAACCAGGUUCUAUUUUGUUUCUGUUAUGUUAAAAUGAACUUUGGAAAUCUAGGUGUAGAGUGCUGGCUUUGAUUGGGAUAUUUUUAGUGUCAUGGGGUGCUUGAGGCAGGCAUUAAGUACUGAUCUUUCAUCUUGAGGACCUGAAUUCUAAUUCAGCCCAGCUUGCUUUGGUGAAAGUCUUCUCCAUCUGCUGGUGGUGUGGGUCUUAUAAUGGUGGUUUCAAUUCAGUGUGCAUAAGUUUACAACACAACAUUUCCCCUAAUUUGACGCGAGUGAAGAAUCUCAUUCAGAAAUCACAAGGUAGUCAGUAUGAGAAGUUUAAAUCUGACUCAGUGGUGCAGUGGGACGUGCUUUGCUGAGUUGGGGGUUGCCAUAUCUUAUUGGGGCAUUACAGAGGCAUCUUCACUGUUGUUGUUGAUCUGGAAGUGCUUUAUUCUGCAAUAUUAGAGCAGCGUGAACAAACCUCUAAAAAUGUGUGAACAAAGGGAAAGUUCAGUUUUUCUAAAAAGUGAACAUUCAUUUAAGCUGAUGUUUUAAUGUGAUGGGAGUUUUCCAAAGCUGGGAAAAGAGCACUUUGUUUACAAUCUACACUCCAGUCCAGAUUUAGUAUUGAUAGAAUACAAGAGGAGUAGCAAUUAAUUGCCUGACUUUCACUUCAUUCGUUAGCUGUGAGAGAUAGGUAUCAAUCGGUACUUCCUCCUUGUGUUACACAAUUCAAAAUGUUCUCUCCAUAGAUAUACCCCAGAUUUGGAAGAUCAGAAUGUAGAAUUGUGCAGGAGUUUAAGUGACCUCACAUGCUCUGUUACGUUUUACUUAUCCCUAGUGACAGUAAUUCAACUGUGACCUUUUUUAACUGACAGUUCUCCUGAAUGGCUAGGGUUUUAUGUCUUCUAUAUUAAGUGGGGUUAAUAGCUUCUAUUCAGAAUAUAUUUUUGUGCUUAAUUUAAGAGCUACUGGCUAAUACCAUUAAUUCAGGGAAAAGGCAAUUCUAUUUCAAAGCACGAUUCCUGAAUUUCUAUUUAUGUCAGGAGGAUCUGGUGAAAUAAAGAGCACCUGCAGGGGUGGGGAAGACACUGCUGAUUUUUCCCUGUCUUUAGAAAGUGUUAGACUCUUGAUCGUGAUUCUGAUUUAGCUAUGCCUGACCUGGCUGAAUAUGAGAAAAUGUAAUUCUGCCAAGCAACAACAUGAAAUGUAGAGCCCCAGCUCCCCGAUAGUCCGAGACAUCAUCUUGUGUGGUGCUGAAUCAGCUGACCGAGCAGAUUUGGUUUACAGUCUCUGCUGGCUCAGAUGGUUGUCGCUAGGGCAGCAGCUCUGUUCUGCAGUUGAUUUUGGGCCAGGAGGGAAGAAGAAGUUGGUGACCCUGCUCCUCAUCCAGAUAUCCCUGGCGCACAGCCAGAUUGUUGGUUGAGGAGCUGAAUUAGACUCGGCUGUGAUGCUCCACAGUUGAAUAGCUUCCUGAACUCACUUUGCUGACCUGCACUUGAAGAAAGGGCAUUUGGGUUUGUAGAAUACAGGGUGUAUAAGUUUACCUCUGCACCAUAAAGAGACGUUAAAAAUAAAUGUGAGAACCAGAAAAUCAGCUUGUCUUCCUCCCACUGUUCACUCUGAAUUACAGGCCACCCCUUGAUGGGAAAGCUCGAACCAGAGGCAAACAGCAGAACAAGUGACAUGUGCAGGUAGCCUCACUAUCUCUGUUUUCUGAUGGAAUAUUGCUGAAUCAAUGGCUGUGAUGAACUGAGGCUUAAACUGUAUAAUCCUUUAUUCUGUGAUGGAUUCUCACAGGAAAUCAGUUCCACUUUUGUUGGAAAUGUGCAUUUGGAUAUUUUAUGUUCGUUUUCUGCUUUUUGUCUUAAGGAAUGGGUUAAAUUCUUUGCUCUCCCUUUCUCCUAUUUCUUCUUCCAAUUAAAAAGCACCUUGGUUUUGGCUGUGGUGUUACAUUUUACAGAUGGAGGGGUUUCUUACAGGAGGAGGUGAUGGUGGAUGUGUUGUUGGCUGUGUUAAAACCUCUGAUAUUCACAGGCCCUUAGUACCAGUGACAUGUCUCUUAACUGAGAAAUCACCUUAUAGAAUAUGUACGUGAUGAAAUGCAAUUCAAAAUAAAUUCUGUGCUUAAAACAAAGUUUUUAAAUGAGCUGAAUUUCCAAGCUUAUCAAACUGUUUUCACUAAAGUAAUGUAAUUGCUUCAGUGCACUGUAGCAGAUGGUGAAGUGAUGUGCAAUGCUGAGCAUUAAUGUAAAUCCAAAUGAGAAGGAUAGGAUUCCUAUAACAUUAAUCGUGGUGCUGCAAUGAAGUGACCAAUAGCUGAUUAUAAUUAUGGAACUGCAUUGUAAUACAAAAUUGUGUCAGUAAGCCUGUUGUUCUUAUCAUAGAUAUUCCCCAAAGUUGUGGGAAGCUUCAUGAAGCCCAAUGAAGUGUAUCCUGCAGCAUAGCCUGGCAAAACAGCAGACCCUCCAUGUUGUUUGGAGGGACAGAGUUAACUGGUCUUGGUCUUUCAGUCACUGCAUUGUUUAUGCUCCAGGACUGCCUUUAAUGAUGAGUUUGCUGUCAGGGACAACUUCAUCGACAGCUGAACAAGAUAUCUGAGCUGGUAUUGUCCUGGUGCUGCCAUUUUCAUGUCCUUCUGCCCCCUCUAGUGGCUCUGCUGAGAACAACCUGAGUUUGUCCACGAAGGGCAGAAGACUUGAGGCAGGCUCAUUGUUAGGCUAGGAUUUGACCAUGUGGCUUUUUAAUCUUCAGUUCAUUUGCAAGGACCAACUUUUAGUUUUCUCUAUAAUAUGUACUUUGGAGAUACCAGCAUGAACAUAACUUUUAUGAUUUAAGUUGCAGAUUUUGCAGAACAAUGUUUGACACAGUUUCUGUUGAUUUUAGCCAUGUUUGUUAACGCUGUGGUUGCUGUAUGUUAUUUAUCGCAUUUAUGUAAAGAAGCCUGGAGAUGCCUCAUGGGUAUUUCUGUUAGCAGAAUUCCUGCCCUCUAUCUCUGAUGCAAAAUGCUGUUGUCAAACAUUACUUGAAAAUCUGAGUUUUUUCCGGUUAAUUUUCAGUGGUACUGUAUCGAUCUAGUGAAUAUUUUACUUUUUUAAAGCAAGAUUUGCAAUAAAUUGUUUUUCUAAAAAACAUAGAGCAGGUGAAAGCUGUUUUCUAUUUGUGAAAUGUCCUAUUUGUUCAGAGGCAAUGAAUGCAAACAUGCUUUAGUCG